GUGCAAAUGCUGUGUACCUCGAUGCCGCGGAAACUACACGGGGGACACGAAGGUGCACGUCUUCAAGUUCCCGAGAGAUCAAGCUCUAAGGGACGCUUGGAUUCGCGCUGUGCCACGGGAAAACCUCACGGUCACCGAACAUUCCAGGGUAUGUGAACUUCAUUUCAUGGACGAGGACAUUAUUCGAGACGCGACGCAUACAGAUCAAGCAACUGGCCGCGUAAUGACAGUGCCGCUAUCUCAUGUGCGCCUUCGCCCAGACGCUGUACCGUCGAAGUUCCCGAAUCAUUCGAGCUACUUGUCCAGAAAGACCGCGAGGAGGGAAGAUCCUGACUCCAAGCGCUCGCGAAUAGAGAAUGCAGCCCUUCAGAAAGCCAUCGCUGAAUCCAACGAGGCAUUUAUCAGAGCACGCGAGGAGGAUAAAGUCAACAGUGUGAGCGAACUUGCCAACCACUUAAGGAGCCAAGGGAUGAAGUUCUGGGAUGUUAUCGAAAGAAAUGAAAGGCUUCUUCUCAUUCACAUUGUCGACGAUGAAGCACCGUGGUUGAAAUACUCUGUUUGCGUGAAAGGAGAUUUGAGCGUGACACUACACGUUAUGAAAACGGCCGUAAAAAAGCUCGGUGCAAAUCUCUGCGUUCCCGAAAUCGCUAACAGUAAAAGGGGUAUGGUGGAACUCCUGGAAGGCAUCGAGAAGUGGGACUGUGACCUGAUGUCCAACUCAGUCGCCGAAAUUUGCGAGGCUGUUUGUUUACUGCUUGAUCAGCUUUGCACGUCCCAAGCAGAAGAUGACGCCAACUGUAUUCAAUUUCUGAAAGAGCAAGUCACCUUGCACCUAUCGAAAAAACAGCGCAGGCGCUACUCUGCUGAUUUCAUGAUGUUUUGCUGUAUUGUUUUCACUAUAUCGCCCCAUGCAUACGCGUUCAUACGUAGCCAUGGAAGCAUCACCUUGCCGCAUCCUAUGACGAUAAGAUCAGUGUGCCGGUCUUAUGGUAUGUGUCCUCAACAAGAGCAUCAGAGUGAAACAUUCCUCAGCUACAUGACAACAAGAAUUUCUGACCUGAAAGAUGACCAGCGCUUUGUCACAGUUAUGUGGCUGGAUGAGUGGAAGAACAAAGGUUUUGACAACGGUACUCUGACAAAGGAGACUCACGCUGCUCUCGAACACACCAGCUAUGCGCUUGUUGAGCUCGCUAGGUACAGCUUCGAAGAGCUUGGAAUGUCAUAUGUCCUUUUUGGGAAGAUUCAGACAGACUGCCUUGAAGAUCAGUUUGGAAAGUAUAGGCAGCUGGCAGGGUAA